AUGGUCGAGAAUCAGUCGGCCAUGUGUGUUCGGUUGUGCUCGCCGACCACUGCAUGCGCCGGCGAGCAACUGCCCGAGAAUCGGUGGAAAGAAUCAAAGAAGAAUGGCGAACGGGUCCGCGACGAGCAGGGUUUCAGAAUGCGCGCUGCUGGCGUCUGUCUGAGGCAUGGACCGGCUGAGACACAGGUGCUGCUCGUUUCGGGCGGAAAAGACGGGACGCAAUGGGUGGUCCCUGGAGGUGGUAUUGAACGGGAUGAGCUACCGGAACAGGCUGCCAGCCGGGAGCUCGAAGAAGAAGCCGGUGUCGUCGCUCAGACGAAUGGGCUCAUCGGUGUCUUCCAGGACGACAACCGUAAGCACCGGACGACCGUCUUCCGGAUGCGCGUGACGGAAGAGUUGCCAGUUUGGGAGGACGGCCAGAGGGGACGACGGCGAGAGUGGAUGAGCCUGAAGGAUGGGUUGGAAGUCGUGAAAGCCAGCCAAAAACAAAUUCUCCAAGCCGUAAUGCACCAA